UAUUGUCAAAUUUGUCAGAAAUUGCGACUUUAAAAUGAUUGAAACAAGUACCGCUGAAAAUACGACAGCUGAUUUAAUCCCUUUGACCACGGACGUAAUAAACGAUGAGGAUGACAUCGCCCGACCCGAAGCUACAUUUCGGUUCACUGUACAGAAUGUCAGCCAACUGAAGGAACAGGUGUUAUCACCGCCGUGUUAUAUCCGAUGUCUGCCGUGGAAGAUUCUAGUCCUUGUGCGUAACACUACUACUCCUGAUCGUCAGCAACAAAAGGGCCUUGGUAUCUUUCUGCAGUGUAACGGCGACUGCGAUGCUCCUGGUUGGUCGUGCUAUGGAUUGGGUGAAAUCAAACUCUUAUCUUAUAAGCCAGAUGGCCAACAUCUUUGUAGGAAAGUCCAUCAUAUGUAUCACAGCAAGGAAGAUGAUUGGGGAUUUACACAUUUCAUAUCGUGGAAAGAUCUUUUGGAUAUCGAAAAUGGUUUUGUAAAAGAUGAUGCUAUAACAAUAGAAGCACACGUGGUUGCGGAGGCUCCGCACGGCGUAGCUUGGGAUUCUAAAAAACAUACAGGAUAUGUUGGUCUUAAGAACCAGGGAGCAACUUGCUACAUGAACUCGCUGUUGCAAACUCUUUUCUUUACUAAUGUGUUACGCAAGGCAGUUUAUAAAAUACCGACUGUCGGAGACGACAGUUCCCGAUCUGUUGCUUUUGCACUGCAACGCGUUUUCUUUGAUCUACAAUUUUCUGAGAAGCCAGUCGCAACUAAGAAGCUGACAAAGAGUUUUGGUUGGGAGACACUAGAUUCUUUUAUGCAACAUGACGUUCAAGAAUUUCUUCGAGUAUUAUUAGAUAAGUUAGAGAAUAAAAUGAAAGGUACUUUAGUAGAAGGCACGGUUCCAAAGCUGUUCGAGGGGAAAAUGACGUCUUUCAUUAAGUGCAAAAACGUUAAUUGCAGUAGCACUCGUGUGGAGACGUUUUAUGACAUUCAACUAAGUGUGAAAGGAAAAAAUAAUUUAUACGAAUCCUUCAAGGACUAUAUCAGCACGGAGACAUUGGAUGGUGAGAACAAGUACGAUGCAGGCGAGCAUGGUCUGCAAGAGGCGGAGAAAGGCGUGCGUUUUGACGAGUUUCCACCAGUAUUGCAUUUGCACCUCAUGAGGUUCCAGUACGACCCACAGAGUGAUGCUUCCGUCAAAUUCAAUGACAGGUUUGAAUUUUACGAAGAGAUAAAUUUGGAUCCGUACCUUCAGGAGAUUCCUCCAGUGCCUGCACAUUACACAUUACACGCAGUGCUGGUGCAUUCCGGUGAUAACCACGGAGGUCAUUAUGUUGUCUUCAUCAAUCCAAAAGGCGACGGAAAGUGGUGUAAGUUCGACGAUGACGUUGUGUCGCGCUGCAGGAAAAAAGAAGCGAUAGAGUACAACUUUGGAGGCAAAGAGGAUGCUCCUUACUUAGCGAGACGUGCUACGAGUGCUUAUAUGCUUAUCUAUAUACAAACGUCACAGCUGAACUAUGUGCUCCAAGAUGUAACUGAAAACGAUAUCCCUGCGGACUUGUACGAGCGGAUCAAUGAAGAGAUGAGAUACGAGAUGGCUUUAGCCAGCUCUAAAUAUAAAGGAAGAUAGAACGAACACCAAAACGCCGUUUUGUGAUUG